GAUCUAGUUGGAUCACCCUAUACAAUGGCCAUCUUCGACGAGAAAAAUGGCACGGAGACAGACGUCGAGGUCUCGCGUCCGAGCUCCUACGAGGUCGAAGGCGAGGAGAUCAAGCGCGAUCUCAAAUCCCGACAUAUCAAUAUGAUCGCCAUUGCUGGGAUGAUUGGAACGGGCUUGUUUCUGAGCUCGGGUCAAGUCAUUGCCACUGCCGGCCCUGCGGGCGCGUUUUUGGCUUAUAUUCUGAUGGGACUGACUACUGCUGGUGUUUCUUAUACAACUGGGGAGAUCUCGGCUUUUAUGCCUUGUUCUGGUGGAUUUGUUCGUCAUGCUACGCGCUUUGUUGAGCCUGCGCUUGGUGCUGCUACCGGGUGGAACUUUUGGUAUACAAUGGCUAUUUCGGCUCCGGCUGAGAUCACGGCUGCUGCGACCAUUGUUCAGUUCUGGAAUCCGCCUGUUGAUCCUGCCGUUUGGAUUACCGUGUUUGGAUUUUGUAUCGCGGUGCUCAACUUUUGCAAUGUUCGUCUCUAUGGAGAGUCAGAAGUUGUAUUUGCUUCGUUAAAAAUCAUGCUUAUCAUUGGCUUGAUCAUUGGCGGUAUUGUCAUUGACCUCGGUGGCACUCCUGGUCAAGAACGUCUCGGUUUCCACUAUUGGAACGAGCCAGGUGCCUUCAACAACUAUAUUUCAGAUGGUUCCACAGGUCGAUUCCUGGCUUUCUGGAAAGUGCUCUUGACAUCCGCAUUCAGUUUCGGUAAUAUUCAAGUCGUCGCCAUUGCCGGUGCCGAGACGAGAAACCCGCGCAAGAUCAUUCCUGAUGCGACCCGGAAGACAUUCAUUCGAGUCUUUGUUUUCUACGUUUUAAGUAUCUUCAUCGUUGGUCUCAUUGUACCAUACAACGACUCAAAACUAGUCAUCUCAACCGGAACAGCCAGUCAAUCCCCAUUCGUCCUGGCCUUCCAGCGCUCUGGUGUCAAAGUUGUUCCCCACAUUAUCAACGCAGUCGUCUGCACGUCAGCCAUCAGUAGCAGUUCCAGCUGUAUCUUCAUCGCAUCACGGACAUUAUACGGACUCAGCCAAGACGGCCACGCGCCGAAGUUCUUCCAGCGCUGCAACCGCUUUGGAACUCCAUACUUCGCUGUUGGACUGACUGUUCUGCUAUUGCCGCUUAUGUACAUGUCUGAGGGUAGUAACUCGUCGACUGUCUUUAACUGGUUUGUUAAUAUUACUACUGUUGCGGGUCUGAUUGGCUGGAUUGUGAUUGAGGCUACUUAUUUGCGUUUCUUUGCCUGCUUGAAGAAACAAGGGUAUUCUCGUGAGGGUCUAGAAUUGCCUUAUAAGACCCCCUUUCAGCCUUACACGGCUUGGGCCACUGGAUUUAUGGUCAUUAUGAUUGUUUUGACUUCAGGCUACGACGUUUUCUGCGAAGGCAGAUGGAACACAUCCACAUUCCUAACUUCAUAUCUCAACAUUGCCAUAUUCGCCGCGCUCUACAUCUUCUUCAAAAUCUUCCUGAAGUCAAAGAUCAUCCCUCUAGAAGAAGUCGACCUCAAAUCCGAAUUUGAUAAAAUCGCGAAAGAAAAGGCUUCUGGCCAGUACCUCACCACCGAGCAACUAGAUUGGCCCUGGUGGAGACGGAUUAUGCACUGGAUAUGA